AUGUUCCCAGAUCCACCUGACGGAUUCAGCUAUCGAUUUAUAGAGCACAUCGGAUCGGGUGAGUUCUCGGAUGUCUACAAGGUUACAAGUACUAAAACAGGGGAAAAUUAUGCCUGUAAAGUUGUUUAUAAAAAUCGGGAAGGCCAUAUACAUUGUAGGUACGAUUUUAAGAAUGAAGUGCGCAUUAUGAAGUAUAUUAAUAGUCCCUACAUAGUCCAACUCUAUGAAAUCUAUGAAGAUAAUACAAAUUAUUAUAUCAUCAUGGAAUAUUGUGCUGGUGGUACCUUAUUUAACAUGUUAGUUAAGGGUCAUGGAACGAACAAUGAGCAAGCGCGCGAAAUCUUCUAUCAGAUUUUAGUUGGUUUAUCUCAUAUUCAUGGAAUGAAAAUAGCUCAUUUAGAUAUCAAGCCGGAGAAUAUAUUUCUUGAUGAAUGUAACAAUGUCAAGAUCGGUGAUUUCGGAAUAUCAGCAUAUUUCGAGGAAAACGAAUUAACGAAUCUUACUUGCGGAACAAAGUACUACGUAUCCCCGGAAUGUAUUUCUGGUAACGAAUACAAUCCAUUCAUAAGUGACAUGUGGAGUCUUGGCGUUGUUUUAUACUCAAUGGUAACAGGAACUCUUCCAUGGAAAAGAGCAGAUAAAGAAGGACUGUUAAAAAUGAUAAGGAAUGGAGAGUUUACGAUUCCUCUUACUGUAAUUCCUGAAAUUAAAGAAGUUAUUCAAGGAUUAUUAGAAAUAGACCCUGAAAAUAGAUGGAACAUCGAAGAUUGUUUAAACUCAAGAUGGCUGUAUAAGAUGGAUGAUCAAAAUCCAGUGGCAGAGUUUAGAUCUCAAUUUUACAUUUUCCAUGAGGAAUCGUUAGAUAAUAUCAGUUUGGCAGCAUCAGCAAAGUUUAACACAACUUUGCAAAUGGAUACCGAGAAAACACUUAAAAUUAUCUCAAAUAAGUACAACGUGAUCCGAAAGAGGAAUUUCCCUUGUAUAAAAGCUCCUAUUGCUGUAACAGGUAGAUCUAAUGUAAGAUUACAAUAUCCAAGAAGACCACUGAGAAAUCAUGUUUUAUGUCGAGGCUUAUUCUCGUUGUAUCGUUCAAAACCAUAUUAG